GUCCCUACGCUUGUGUGCCGAUCGCGUUCUCGUUAACAACGAUUAGGGACAUAAAAAUAAAAAUAAUAUAAAAUAAUAAUAACAACGGUUAUACAAUAAUCGUAAAAUCGGAACGACAAUCACAACGAAGGUGGCCGUGAAACGAAGUGCGCACGUUAUUUAGUUUCCUCGUUUUUUUUUUCGUUGAUUAUGUAUUCUUCGCGAUUGCCCGACCGCUGUGCGACGAGCGUACGUUGAGCCGUGCGGUUUGUGUGAGUGUCGAUGGGAUCGUGCCCCGAGAGMCAUGAAGCCGUACGACAAGUCGAACUCUUUUAUGAGGAGGGUCACGAAACGCGUGUCCGAAUACCUACCCGGAAUGACGUGGAUGAAUACGUUGAUCAGCGAUGCGCAAACUGAUGACGACCCUACGUCAAUGACUGAAAAUGACGAUCAACCUCCAGUGAAAAAAUUGUGUACKUCCGUUAACUCAUUUACUAACACCAAAUACCAGCCUACAAAUUCAACUGACAACCACAGGAGUUCAAAUGUAAAUGUACUUUUACCAGAAAUAUCUGCUGUUACUUGUAUACCAAGUACAAGUAAACAAAGCCCUAAAUUUACAAGCCUAUCAAGUGCUUCCUUACAAAGUCAAGAUGCUGGCAAUAGAAGUUCAAAAAGRUCAUUAAAUUUAGACAAAUUAUCUACUAGUAAUGAAUUUUUAACACCAACCUUUUCAAAACUUAAGCCAAGGGAGAAUGAAUCACAUCAACAAUCUUCAUUAAAAUUUCAUGAUUCCUCAUCAAAUCCUGUAUUAUCAGCAUCAUUUAGAUGGGAUACAUUUGUUAACUAUGGUGAAUUGUCAGAACGUCAAAAAUUAUUUGCCCAAAAAUCACCUUUAAAUUGUUCUCAAGUUAUGUAUGGGGGCAAUUCUGCACGUUCAAACUUAUCAAAAAUUUUAGGUAAUACUCCACCAAUUCAUAGAAAAGCGGUGAUUCCAAUAUCUUCUACAAAUAAUAGUGAAAUUAGAACAACCUCGUCUAUUCUCUUAGGUCACAUUUCUACUARGGACAAAGAAAUUGAAGAAAAUAAAUUUAUUAUCCAACCUAAAGUGCAUCAAAGGCAUAAAGCAGAUCAAAAAAAUGUACCUAUUAAAGUAGAAUCCACGGUGAAAAUUGUUGAAACAACACCUGAUAAGGCUGAUAAACCUAGUGAAGUCUCAUCAACUUAUUCUGGCCAAGUAGAUACAAAUGCAACAAGAAAACUUCGAGUAAAUAUUUCAAAAAAGAGUCGUGGCAUUAAUUCUGAUGAACUUGAAAUGCCUACUGAAGUUAAUUUGCCUAGGAUUUCUCUACCAUUGACUACAUUACCAAAUAUUGAUUUAUCAAAUACUCAUGAUGAGGAUAAUGAAUUCACAUUCAAUCAACCAUUAACAAUAGAACAGUUUAGUUUACAAUUGGCAGAAAAAACUUGUAGAAAAACACUUAAAACGACUUUGAAGAAAUCACAAACUACUAACAUUGAGGUAAAUAGUAAACCUCCAUCUAGCACUAACAAUAAUAAUUCUACAAGUGAAUCUUUUAUUAAGGAUUCUAAGAAAGUAUCAAUUAUGAGUAAUGAUAAUAAUGCAAUUGAGAAUCCAAAUAAAAAUGACAAGUUGUCUCAACUUAGUAACUUUGCUGACUGUCCUAAAAAUUCUUUCAAAACUACAUCGCCGUGUUCUGAUUCUAAAUUAGAAUGUUCAAAACCUGCGAAUAUAAAUGUUGACAAUUCUCCUAAGAAACUUGGAAGUAAAAAUGAAAAUCAAUUAGCACCAGAAAGAUCAUCAACUAAAUUAUUAAAGUGGUCUUGUGAUGCUUGUUGGGUUUCAAAUGAUGCUGAUGUAAUAAAGUGUAUUGCAUGUCAAACUCCCAAGUCCRAGAAUUCUCAAACAAAAGUUAUCAAAUCAAGUACAUGGACUUGUGAAACUUGUUGGGUUCCCAAUAAAAAUGAGAUUGAAGUAUGUGUUGCAUGUCAAACACAGAAACCUGGAACUACAAAAAAACCAGUAGUACAGGGUACUUCUUGGACUUGUGAUGGUUGUUGGGUAAAAAAUAAAAGUGAUUGUACUACUUGUAUUUCAUGUGGGACAGCAAAACCAGGGUCUGCUCCAGAAAAUAAACCUUUGCCUACAACUCAAUUUAAAUUUGGAUUAAAUAACAACACUUUUGAAAAUUCUGGCACUACUCAGUUUAAAUUUGGAUUUGAUAGUAAAAUUGAUCAACCAUCUAAUAAUCAGUUUCAAUUUGGUAGURGUGUGCCACUUGCAAGUUCUGAUAAUGGAAAACUAGAUACUCCUACCAGUGAAUUUAAAUUUGGAUCAGUUAACAAUAAAACUGAUCAGCCCCUUAGUACAUUUAAAUUUGGCACAGUUAACAAUAAAACUGAUCAACCCCUUGGUACAUUUAAAUUUGGCACAGAUAACAGUAAAACUGAUCAACCCCUUAGUACAUUUAAAUUUGGCACAGAUAACAAWAAAACUGAUCAACCUCUUAGUACAUUUAAAUUUGGUACAGAUAGUGUAUCUAAAUCACCAGUAAAGAAAUCUAAUGAGGGAUCAAAUAUCAAUAAUACUGAUCAUCCCAAAACCCAGUUUAAGUUUGGUUCUGAAUCUAAACCAGAUCAAUCUGAAAGUCAAUUUAAGUUUGGGCUAAAUGCUACUACUAAUAAACCAAUUGCACAAUACAAAUUUGGUUCAGAUAAGAUCGAAACUGAAAAAUCUGUUCUUCAAAACUCUGUUGUUAAUAGUAAUAUAGUUACUCCGUCAACAAUCGAAUUUAAGCCCCUAGUAAAUAAUAUAAAUAAAGAAUCUGAAAAUUCAUUAAAGUUACAAAACAAAAGUAAUAAGCGAAAAGUUGACGAUGCAAGUGAAAAUUCAAGCCUUCAAGUAUCUUUUGGAUCUGCUGAAACUAACACUAAUUCUUUUAUGAAUGUUGAACAUAAAAAUAAAGACUYGUCUAAAAAGAAGUUAGUUGUAUGGGAUACUAAAGUGAAAAAUAUUGAAAUUAAACCUUCAUUAAGUUUUGGUUCUACUCAACCUGUUCAAUCUCUAACAGAAAAUACAAAUCAGAUGCUAAAUGGUCAUUCAUAUCCUAAUGAAUCGUUAAAWGAAGAUCAAAAGCCAGGCUUGAUUAAGACCUCUCAAUUAUUCAGUUUUGGUUCUUUAGCAAAACAAGAUCAAAAUAUGCCUAUUGACCAAAAAAAUCAAAAAAUGUUUACAUUUGGAUCAUCAGCCACUAAUGAUAAACCAUUUACUUCUUCGAUAAUGGGUGCUAGUAGCUUUCCUAGUUCUGCUCCAGUGUUUGGUGCAAGUAAUUCAAUGUUUGGUAGUGGACCUACUUCAUCUACUCCAGCAACGUUGGGUUCUUCGAUACCAACACCUCAAUUUUCAUUUGGUUCAUUGGCUCCACAAGUUCCCAACAAUCUUUUUUCUCAAACUCCUAACGAYAGUGAUAAAAAACCACUAGCUCAAAAUUCAAAUAUUUUCAGUUCUACGAAUAAUGUAGGGUUUUCAUUUGGUGCGCAAUCUCCUCCUGUAUUUAGUGUUCCCAAUGCUGGAGGACCUACAAAAAUGUCUAAUAUGGAUGAUGAUCAAACUAAAAGUGCAUCAAAUAAUAUAUUCAAUCAGUCAAGCUUAAAACAAACUGUUAAAUUAGAUCCUAAUGCACCUAUAUCCAUUAAUUUUACUGGUGGAGCAACUACUCAAUUUACUGCCAAACCAGAAACAACUGAACAACCUAAAAGAAAAAUUUUAAAACCAGUUAGAAGGAUUCGGUAAAAUAUGAACAUACUACUUUGUGUAUUUUGUUAAUUACAUUUUUUUUAUUGUGUAACAAAGUUUAGAUUUAAUGCUAAAAUUGUUCAAUAUUUGAACUGAUUCUUGUCAUUAUAUUUGUAUAAUUAUAUUCUGUGGUUAGCUAUGGAUUAUUUAAAAACAGGUUGAGGUCAAUAUUUUUUUGUAGGCAGAUAAACUAUUAUUUGGAUAUCCAAUUACAUUUGACAACAUAUUUGAUGGCGCACAGAAUUUGGGGAUAUGUUAAUAACAUAUUAAUUCAUUAACUUUUUAUUUCAAUUUUUCUGCAUUGUGAACUUUAUAUAUACAAACUUUAUACAUCAAACUAUCAAUGACUUCUUUUUUAAAAUUAUUUUUGGUUAAAAAAAAAAAUUUAAUAUUUUAACUACUGUCUUGAUUUUUGAUAUAUUGAAUUGUGAAACCUAUUUAAAAGAAUCUUAUUAGAUAAUUGUAAGCAUUUUUCAAAACAU